AUUAAUUUUUCUCCAGUCAAAGUAGUUCAUGUCAUUCAAAUCUUUCACUUGAAACCAAAUCCUGCUGGUUAUCAUUCUGGUGGUGUUGUUGGACAAGGCUUCAGUUACAGCUGCAUUUUCUUCCAGAACAUUGUCCCUAGUUCGUAGGUGUUCCUUGGACAGAGUAAAUGUCAUAUUGUCAUCCAACAAAGCAUGAUCGUGUUGUUUCAGAAAGUUGCAGAACAAAGAUAUCAGAUGUUUAUGGAGAAUAAUGGUCACUUGCCUACUGCUAACUUGGAUCUCACUUCAUGUAGGGAUGAAAAGCUACCGGUGACAGCUACUGAUCUUACAAAUGACCAAACUGGGCUUCACCUCUGAAAUGGACGCCUCACCAGUUCACUGAUUCCCAGUACGGACUGUUCAAUUGAUCAUAUCUGGCGACCUUAUAACUCCAUCCAGAGAAGAAGAUGCAGAGCAACUCUUCCGGGGGCCUCCUCCCUAAGACCACAGACCAUGGCCACGGAGCUAGAUGUGAGCAAGUCUCGCCGCUUUGACAUGGCCAUGUCGAGGCGGACACGGCGAUCGACGAGCCUGGUCGCCUGUUUCCAAGAUCAGUAUGUGCCAUCCCUGGCACAACAACGCCACCAAGAGCUGAAGGAGUUUCUCCAAUGCCAAGAUGCAGAGCUGAAGGCACUCCAGCAAUGUGAGGAUGCAGAGCAGCUGGCACUGGGUCUGGAUGAAGAUGAGGAGUCGAAGAUUCCACAAGCACCACUCCAGUAUGAAGAUGACGAGCAAAAGACACCAAAGCAGUAUCAAGAUGAGCAGGAGAAGAAAUAUCAGCAAUAUUCAGGUGCAGAGCAGAAGAAACCAGAGCAUUAUCAAUGUGAAAAGGAGAAGAAACCAGAGCAGCAUAAAGAUGAAGAGGAGAAGACGCCAGAGCAGUAUCAAGAUGAAGACGAAAAAGCAUCACAAUACCAAGAAGAAGUGCUGAUGAUACCAAACCAAAGUGAAAACGAUGAGGAGAUGACAGCAGAGCGUUACCAACUACGCCAAGAGGCAGAUGAGAAGGCGUCAGAGCAGUCUGAAGAAGAUGAGGAGCAGCAGAAGGCAGAGCAGGAAUGGUGCAAGGCGGAGCAGAAGGAGCCGGAGCAAUUCCAAAGCGUGAAGAAGCUGCCCUUGCCACCGCGUGCUGUGGACAACGUGCCCCGGUUCUCCCUUCAGGAGCUGAUACAGCAGAAGCAGCUUCAAACCGGAGAGACAAAGCCUACCAACAAGCUAGGCGGCCACGGCGAGAGUGCCCUUCCUGACCAUAAGGUUUCAGGAUCAGGAGGAGGAGCAGCAGGCGGCACAACGCUGGCCAUGGUGAUAAAGCGACCCGAGGGAGGGAAGAAGUCGAUGGGGAUGAUACGCCGGUGCGUGAAGGCCCUGAACCAGAUGAUCAAGACCAAGCAUGGGUCCAAGAAGAACUUGCAUUUGUAAUUUGAGCAGAAUUCAUGUACGUGUGAUCCAGACUCGAGAGUUUCGUAGUGGACUGCACAUCUCUGAAGAAUGCACGCGCAGUUGUGCAGAACCAAGUUUUGGGCAUGAUUCAGAGUGUGCAAGAUCUGGUAAGAAACUCCGCAGCCAUACCGGGCUUUUUACGCUCCGGUCUAUUACCGUCUACCUAUAGCAAUAAACAGUCAAAUACUCAAAUUUAGCUGAAGAUCACUAGUCUGUUACUAUGUGAGAAAAUGCUCUACUCAGUGAUGUUUAAUUGUACACUAUUUGCUCGACGAUGUAAAGGGUAAAAUGUCAAAGGAAUCGAGAUUGGGCUCUGAACGUGUGUUGUUGUUGA